AUUUAGAAAAAAAUUGAAAGUUAACAUCCUUAUUUAGAAACUGUCAAAGUUAACAUCCUUAAAUAAAAAAAAGUGCAAAGUUGGAAUCCUUAUUUGCACCUUUACUCUUAAUAGUUGGUUAAAAGAAUUUCAAAUCCCAGUCUCGCUUACUCGACGCCCAAAAGUCAGACUUUAUAGCAUUCAAUUCAAUGAUGAACAACGGUACUUCUGGGGUGGUGCCACUACCGCAAUCGGUGGAGGAACUAAUACAGAAAAUCUGUCUUGCACAGAAACAGCCGCCGCUAUUGGCCACAACUCGGCUGCUGCUCGAAUCUGUGGGGGAACCAGCUGCUCUUUGUAUGUUGCAGGAUAUUGAUUCGCGGGUAGAGUUUAAAAGACCGUUCGACGGAAUUGUUGUGUGGAUGAUCAAUAAUUACCUCGCCAAUGAAGGCCCGCCGCCGAAACGCCUCUCCCCUUCUUCGCAGCCUCAAAACUGUAGCCCCCUCACUCCACCAGGUCGGUCGGUAUGUCUGAUGACAAAGUCUCAAGAUGAAACCGUCGCAAUCUCAGCCUCUCAGGUGGGGUACUCCUCUCCACAGCAGCACCACCUUCCGCGAAGCCCCGUCACUCCACGUAGUCGGACGCUACGUCUGAUGACGAAUUCUCAAGAUACAGGCGCAAGCUCUCAAGUUUUUGAACAGCCGGCAACCGAUCCGGUGGACUACGGCUCCCCACAGGGGCACCAUCCCCAAAAUCGGAGCCCGCACACCGCACCCCGUCGGUAUCGGACUGUACGUCUGAUGAUGAAUUCCCAAGCAGAUGAUACUGUUAGGCGCUCCCUAGUUCUUGAUCAGCAAAGAACGUCUCGCCCUCCGGAUAACUCAGUGGUAGAGAUGUUAGGAGUCACAGAAGAAAGAUUCAGCCCCCAGAUGAUGGCAUUGGGGGAGCUUGAAUUUAGAAAGGCUUUCCUCAUUCUUAAUUACAUUGGCCCAAAGAAACUGGAAGAAGCUAUAUCUUCUGCUGAUUGGAUUAGGAAACUCAAAGAUUUGGCAAUGGUGGAUUUUGAGUCGGAGGUUUGGAAACGUCUGGGCCAAAAUGUAAAUGAUUCACACCGAUGCAAGUAUCUUGACUGGGAUUGUGCAAAGACGUGUUUGUACCAUUGUCAUGUAUCCCUGGAUGGAAAUCUCAGAUUUGAGGGCCCUUAUCUUGAUGCGACAAGAACUCAUCUACAGAGGGUUUUAGGGGAUGACAAUGUUCUCAUCGUAAAGUUUGCAGAAGAUGGCUACGAUUGGAAAAGCUUUCCAAGGAAUUAUUAUCCCCCUGCAUACCACAAAAUAUUAAAAGAAGGAAUCCUUGUGGGGCUGAGAAGAUACCGCUUUUUUGUGUUUAAGGAUGGAAGGAAAGAAGCCAAGAAGAAAGAACAAAAUAUAUCCUCUGUUAGAUGCUUAUUUGUUCGUAUGGAGUCUAGUGCAUCUCUUGAUAAAAAUCAAGAAUAUUUAUUAUCUGGAAAAACUGUUCAAGAGGCUAGAAGUGUGUUCAUGCAUGUCCAUACUCUACCAAAUGUGCCCAAGUAUAUGGCUAGGUUAUCGCUUAUCUUGUCUAAGACAGUUAAGCUGGCAAUUAAUUUAGCAGAUGUAACUGUUCAGAGGAUAGAUGAUAUACCCUGCCUGGAUGAAAAUGGCAAUUAUGUUUAUGAUAAAGAUGGAAACCUGUGCAUACACACUGAUGGGACAGGUUUUAUAUCUGAGGAUUUAGCUUUAAAAUGCCCAAAGAAUGUUGUCCAUGGAAGUUAUCACAACAAGGAGAAUACUGAGGUGACAAUUUUGAACAUGAUACAACCAGAUGCUCAUUUUAUGGAGCCACCUUUGUUGAUUCAGUUCCGCCUCUUUCACAAUGGUUCUGCUGCAAAGGGAACUUUACUUGUUAAUAAAAAGCUCCAUCAUGGAACCAUUCAGCUUCGAGACUCAAUGAUUAAGGUUAAUCCAGAUCCAGAAUCAAGUAUUUUCACAAACAAUUCGCUGGAAGUAGUUGCAACCAGCAAUCGGCCUCGAAGAGUAUCUCUCUCAAGGUAUUUAAUUGCACUUCUUAGCUGUGGAGGUGUGCCAAAAGACUUUUUCAUGGACGCAUUGAAGAAUGCACUAGAAGAUGCACAGAGUGCUUUCACCAAUAAGCGUGCAGCAUUUAGAGUUUCCCUCAAUCGUGGCACAAUGGAUGGUCUCAAUGCAGCAAGAAUGAUUUCAUCUGGAAUUCCACUGGAUGAAUCAUUUUUGCAGAAUCAAUUAUUCAUAAUGUCCAAGGAAGAAAAAAAAGGCCUUAAGGGAGGAAAGAUCCCAGUAAAUGAUUGUUAUUAUUUAAUGGGAACAGCUGACCCUACUGGUAUCUUGGAAAAGGGUGAAGUAUGCAUUAUCUUGGACAAUGGGCAGAUUUCAGGGAAAGUACUAGUAUACCGUCACCCUGGAUUGCAUUUUGGAGAUAUUCAUCUCCUAAAUGCUAGAUAUGUGAAAGAACUGGAAGAUUUUGUUGGGCAAGCAAAAUAUGCUAUAUUCUUCCCCUGCAAAGGGCCACGGUCUCUAUCUGAUCAGAUGGCUGGUGGGGAUCUUGAUGGAGACAUGUAUUUUGUAUCCAGAAAUUCCCAGUUAUUACAUUAUUUUGAGGAGAGUAGUGACCGUUGGACAUCCAAAUCUUCACCACGGAGUGUCUCCUAUAAAAAGCAAGGUGAACUUUCAGAUGGUGAGUUGGAGGAAAAGCUGCACCAACUGUUCUUGAGAUCUACUUUUCAACCAAGUUCCAGUAUUGGUGUGGCAGCUGAUAGUUGGAUGGCAAUAAUGGAUAGGUAUCUUACACUGGAAGAUAGUAACCUUACCGAGAAAGCUCAUAUGAAGGAAAACAUCCUUCUCUUAAUUGAUAUCUACUAUGAUGCCUUAGAUGCGCCGAAAAAGAGUGGAGAACAGAUUGAAGUUCCUGAAGAACUAAGGGUAAAAGUGUUUCCACACUAUAUGGAGAAGAAAGAGAACUCUUACAAAUCGACAUCAAUUUUGGGGACAAUAUUUGAUUUUGUGGAAUCAUAUGGAGAAGAAAAAUUCUCACAGAAAGAAAUUCGAAAGCUUCCCUCUUUCAUGGUCAACACUCCAGAAGUGGAGGCAUUCAAAGAGAAGUGGAAGGAACUGUACGAGAAAUACCGGAAAGAUAUGAGCAAUGCUUUAAACCACAGUGGAAAAGAGAGGAAUGAUGCUGCUGACGAAGUCAUAAACUACUAUAAGCAGCUACUAUAUGGUGCUGCAGAGUUUGAAGAGAGUAAAAGGCCUCUAAGAGAAAUCUAUGACGAGGCUUUAGCCAUUUAUAAUGUUACAUAUGACUAUGCCAUUGAAAAGAGAGAGGUGAAAAGAUGUGGUUUUGCCUGGAAGGUUGCUGGUUCGGCUCUUUCCAAACUAUAUACUUCUGAGUUGGGUGAAAAGCCCUUAUGUUGUGCACCAUCAGUUCUUAAGGAGUUGUUCAGUUGAAGAGGCUGUGGUGUAAAGCUUGUGUCAUAUGUAUAACAAUGGGCCAUACGUACUUGGGUUCAAAGAAAUGUUCCAUGAUGUAUUACUGUUUUUAUUAUUUAUUUAUUUAUUAGCAAUUAGAGUGUCUCCAGCUAAGCUUGUAGGCAUCUCAAGGUUAAUCCUUCCUUGAUUUGUUUGAAGACAGUCUAUCAACAGUAACACUAAAGAAUUUAUAAGAAAUUAUCUCAUUAUUA